AUGGCAAAGGCCGAUCACCCGCAAAUCAAGUAUUGGCAGUACGAGAAGACAUGCGACGUUGGAGGUGUGUGCUCCUGCUACGACGAGGGCGUUUGCACGCAGAACCACUACAAUCCCGACAAUACAAUGAACUUCUUCUUCGAUUCCACCAACGAUUACCAGCCUCCUUCCGAGUUCUUCGUCGGCAAGGUCUGCGACGGUAAUGUUACCGGCGAUCCCCAUUUCGUUGGUGCCGACAAGUCGCGGUUUGACUUCAGCGGCCAGCCCGGCGAGAACUUCGCCCUGAUAUCGGAUGCGCAUAUUGCCGUUAACGCGUAUUUCGGCGGGCGCGUGGAGAAAGAGUGGAUGGGCCAGAAGAACAAGGUGAUGACGUGGAUGCGUAACAUCGCGGUGCUCUGGGGCCACCACUCCGUCGUUUUCGAGGCUAGGCCCGGAGCUGAUUCUGAGUACGGUGCGGGUUACCUCAAGGCGAUCUACGUCGAUGGCGAGAAAACGAGCUUGUCGUUCCCUGGCGAAAAGAUGUACCUGUUCGACGGUUCGGUUGAGCUCAAGUGGGUGGAUGCGAGGAAGAAGGUUGGCGACGAUCUGGUCGACAUUUACGAAAUUUCGGUUGCCGAAAUCAUCACCCUGCGACUGAUUUUGAGGCCUGAGAUCAAGCUGAUGAGGACCAAGGACGACGGGCUUGUUCACUUCACCAUCGAGGUCGUCAGCGCGCAGCUCUCCGCGAACGUGCACGGAGUUCUUGGGCAAACCUACCGCCCCGAUUUCGCCGGCCGACUUGAGAAGCAGACUCUUGUCUGGAGCAAGCUUCUUAAGGCGUACGUGGUUCCGGGUGACAACGCUGAGGGUUUCAUUGAUGGCACGUGGGAGGAUUACAAGACGUCGGAGCUCAUGCGGUCCGACUGCAACUACUGCCGCUUCGUACGCGGUACAGCGAUGGACGACGAAACCGCUAGCGCCGUCGCCAUGGCGACAUCCGUCAGCUCAUCGUACAGCGCUCUCGGCAGGAAGGGCAUGAUUGACGCCCUGUAA